AGUCGCUAGGGGCCCCUGCUCAGCGCGAUGCCCCGGAUCGGCCUGCCCUCUGAGUGCGUGAGCGCAGUUGGGCAGCAGUCGUCGCUCCUGUGCGUCGCUCAGAGAUGUUGCAGCAGCAGCCGCUGACGGGCAACGGGCCAUCCAACGGCAGGGGACCGGGAGUGAGCGGCCACCCGGGGAUGCAUUCACUCAACUCGGUCCACCAGCCUCCCCAGCACCGGUCGGACGGAGCGGAGUCGGGCCUCGAUGGAACAGAAAACGGACAUGAGACCCGCAGAGAUAUCGGGGACAUACUGCAGCAAAUUAUGACUAUCACCGACCAAAGUUUGGACGAGGCACAAGCAAAGAAACACGCACUCAACUGUCACCGCAUGAAGCCCGCACUGUUCAGCGUGCUGUGCGAGAUCAAGGAAAAAACUGGCCUGUCCAUGAGGAACACGCAGGAGGAGGAGCCUCAGGAUCCUCAGCUGGUGCGUUUAGACAACAUGCUGCUGGCGGAGGGCGUGGCGGGGCCAGAGAAGGGCGGCGGGGCGGCUGCCGCCGUCUCUGCGGCCACCAGCUCGGGGGGGAUGUCGCCCGACAGCUCGCUCGAGCACUCCGACUACAAAAGCAAGUUGAGCCAGAUUCGCAGUAUCUACCACACUGAGCUGGAGAAGUAUGAGCAGGCGUGCACCGAGUUCACCACGCACGUGAUGAACCUGCUGAGGGAGCAGUCGCGCACGCGGCCCGUCACGCCGCGGGAGAUCGAGCGCAUGGUGGCCAUCAUCCACCGCAAGUUCAGCUCCAUCCAAACCCAGCUGAAGCAGAGCACCUGUGAGGCCGUCAUGAUCCUCCGGUCCCGCUUCCUGGAUGCCAGGCGCAAGAGGCGCAAUUUCAGCAAACAGGCCACAGAGGUCCUGAAUGAAUACUUUUACUCCCACCUGUCCAACCCGUACCCCAGCGAAGAAGCCAAAGAGGAGCUCGCCAAACAGUGUGGAAUCACCGUCUCCCAGGUCUCCAACUGGUUUGGUAACAAGAGGAUCCGCUACAAGAAAAACAUCGGAAAGUUCCAGGAAGAGGCCAACCUGUACGCCAUGAAGACGGCCCUGGGGGCCCGGCAGGGCGAGGACUCCCCGCACACCCCCAACUCUACAGGGUCGGGCUCCUUCUCCCUGUCCGGCUCGGCUGACAUGUUCCUCGGGGUUCCAGGUGUGAACGGAGAACAGUCCGCCUACCAGAUGGGAGGCCAGCACAACGGAAGCUGGCCCGGCCGCAGCUCGCCCCCGCCCUCCCCACACAGCGACCGCUCGGAGAACUCUGACUGAUGGCCCCGCCCACUGGCACAGAACGACAGCGACGGAAAGAUUGAGGAACGGACAGACAGAAUGACACCACACCUCCCGCUGGGCUGCGGUUGUUGUUGUUGUAAAUCGUUUGUUUGGUUUUCAGUGUCGUUUUUGUUUUGUUUUUGUUUUUUUGCACCGCUCGCUCAUUUCUGGUGCCUGAGCAACGGCGUGCGCGCGUGCAUGCAGGUGUGGUUUUAUUACGGGACUGUGCGUUUGACUUCCACUAAUAUGACAUGUUACUGAGAUGUGUUUGUGGUCGGGGGAGGGGCGGGGCUGCAUUAUCUAUGUUUUAGCACACUAUAUCAUUAUUAAUAUUAUUGGUUUUAUUAUUAGUGCAACGAUUCUUUUGUUUAACGGCUCGGAAAAGAGUUAGUGAAUGAGAGGGCAAUAGAGAAAAUCCAAAGACUUUGUGUGUUUCUUCUGUGUGUUUUCCUUUUCUGUUUUUGUACGGCGGCGGCGUGUCGCCGUCGGGUGAGUGCGGCGUGCCUGAGUCCGCGGUCGGAGCGGUGUGAAUGAGUGUCUGAACAGUGCUGUCCUUUCUGUACAGUGAAACACCUGUAUUCUCUCUACCUCUUUUACAAUAAACUCUGUUUUCACAGGCA